AAGUUGCAGUUCUCAUCUGGCCGUCUGAAAUACCGUAAUGGUGGAGAUGACUUUCAAGGUCACCGUCGCACUAACCAUCGGCCUCGCCCUGGUCAAUCGAUCAAUCACCGGCGUGAUACCGCUGGACAUCGGCGCACACCAUGAUCAUCGCGUCUCAGUGGCCAGUUCGUACAUGCACUUCCACGGGCCGGUGCAGGGUCCGGAGUACGAGGUGAAAGUGCCGCACGUUGUUGUCGACCACUUCGGCGAGCACAAUUAUUUACACGGCCAGGACCAUCAGGAGCAUCGCCAUCAUGACGGCUACACGGUCGAUUACGUGGGGAAUCCCAAGUACGAGUUCGCGUAUGGCGUUGAGGAUCAUCAUACCGGCGACUUUCACGGACAGAAGGAAUCUAGGGACGGAGGCAGCGUGUCCGGAGAAUAUAGCGUGAAAGAUCCAGGUGGCACUUUCCGGGUCGUCACCUAUCACGCGGACAAGGAGGGAUUUCACGCGGUAGUGCACACCUCCGGGAAAAAUGAUCAUUCAGGCGGGGUAUACGGUGGUCAAGGACAAGAUGCGGAGACCCAAAGUCCCCUUCAUGAAUACGCCGCUGCGCUAUCCGCACACGCGGGAUAUUGAGUGACGCGACAUCAGUUAUGGCAAUCAUGACUGAUCGCUUUUGUACCUGGUAUAAUUAAAUUCUUCUUUUUAGUCGACUUUGAUGUGUGUCCGUUUUGUAUACCAAAGGUAACAACAUGCUAUCCGUUCGAUAUUACACAUAAGCAGAGAUAAUGCAUUCUAUAUAUCGUUAUAAAUAUAGUUUAUCCUUUUUAAUACGCGAUAAAAGCUCAAUAAAGAAGAUAUAAUUAUUUGCUCAUAUUAUGUAUGAAAAGUUAUUGAUAAAACGUGGUAAAUCUAUAAACUUUUCAUAAAUAAAAAUGUAUACAAAGUUAAUAGAGCUUAUCGGUAAUUUGGCAUUCGCUUAAUAAUAAUCGAAAAAUAUUGUUGUGAUCAAAAAUUGUUUUUAUUGUGUGUAUCUCUGUAAUUGUUUUAGUAUUUAUCGGAAACCAGUAACAUUUUAAUUGAGCAUUCGCAUUUAUCUGAAAAUUCUUAUUAAGAGGCCGGGAAAAAACUAAAUAUAUAGCCCGUUCGCAAAUAAUACUCAUUCAAUUUACGAGACAUUCUACACUUUAUAAUUGCCUGAUAGUCGAAAUUUUUGUUUAAAAACCAAUAUAAUACAUGAAUUGAAAAAUAACUUGAUUCAAAAUAACAGACAAUAACUUUAAA